CCGCCUGCCGGUCCUUUAACAAUGGGCGGCGCGAGCGCCCAGGCGCUGGGCCCGAGCUGAGGCCGGCGCUUCGCGGCCGACUGUCUGCAGCAUGAGCGGGGCCGGCAUACCCCGCAUGGUCGCGGGGCUGGGGCUGUGAGGGCCACGGUUCCGGGCUGAAGUUGCCGCGUCUGGCCAAGCGCGCCGCCGGGUCCCAUGGAGCUGGAGGGGCAGUGGUGGCGGGGACAGCUGGCUGCCGAUAUUCAUCAGGCCCUUCGGUACAAGGAGCUGAAGUUGCCCUCCUACAAAGGCCAGUCCCCUCAACUAAGUCUCAGAAGGUAUUUUGCUGACUUGAUUGCCAUUGUGAGCAAUCGCUUUACACUCUGCCCUUCUGCCCGACAUCUUGCUGUCUAUUUGCUGGACCUGUUUAUGGAUCGGUAUGACAUCUCUAUCCAGCAGUUGCAUUUAGUUGCACUUUCCUGUCUGCUUCUAGCAAGUAAAUUCGAAGAAAAAGAAGAUAGUGUGCCUAAGCUAGAGCAGCUCAACAGCCUGGGUUGUAUGACUAAUAUGAAUCUAGUAUUAACAAAACAAAAUUUGCUACAUAUGGAACUAUUAUUAUUAGAAACCUUUCAAUGGAACCUCUGCCUUCCAACAGCCGCUCAUUUCAUCGAAUAUUAUCUCUCUGAAGCAGUACAUGAAACAGAUCUUCAUGAUGGCUGGCCAAUGAUUUGCUUGGAAAAAACUAAACUCUACAUGGCCAAGUAUGCAGAUUACUUCCUGGAAGUAUCUUUGCAAGAUUAUGCCUUUCUAAAUUAUGCACCUUCUUUAGUAGCUGCUGCAUGUGUGGCUUCUUCAAGGAUUAUACUUCGUCUUUCUCCAACGUGGCCUACAAGACUGCAUCGUCUUACUGCUUACUCGUGGGAUUUCUUAGUGCAGUGCAUUGAACGGCUGUUGGUUGCUCAUGAUAAUGAUGUGAAAGAAGCAAACAAGCAAAGAGGACAAGCAGUACCUCAGCCAGCUCAACUAAGUGUGUUCCAGACAACCUCCCAGCCCUCGCGGCCAGUUCACUUUCAGCAACCUCAGUAUCUCCAUCAGACUCAUCAGACUUCACUACAGUAUCGCCAUCCUGUAGCAGAACAACCAAGCUGUCAGCAGAUCGUAUCUACCACACACUCCUCAUCUUACACACUACAGACAUGUCCUGCUGGCUUCCAAACUAGUGUUCAGGGCCUGGGGCACGUGCAGACCGGUGUUGGCAUGUCAUUGGCAAUACCAGUAGAAGUUAAGCCCUGUCUGAAUGUUUCUUAUAACCGGAGUUACCAGAUAAAUGAACAUUACCCUUGUAUUACUCCAUGUUUUGAAAGGUGAUUUUAUGUGAAGGUAACACCUAAUCCAGACUGUUUUGUGACUUGAAGCUCUGGGACAAGCUUUUUGUAAACUCCUCUAAAGGAAUUCAGAUUGCAUCAGAACUCUUCAAAUAGCAGCACCAGGAAAACUGAGUAUCACUUUGAAUGCACCAUGAAUACUUGGAAGAACUAAACAAACACUGCAAACACUUUAACAGUAUGUAUGUCAAAUUCUGUUAAAUACCUAACGUGACAAAAAUUUCAGACCCUAGCUGAUGGUCCAAAUAUUUCAAAAAUAUUCACUACAACAGAAAAUUUGGGCAGACUCCAUCCAUUUCGUCAUUUUGAGAUUUGACCUGUGGUUAGGCUCUGGGCUUAAUGUUGGCUUGUAUGUCGGAGAUUAAUGUUUGUCUGUGGACUUGCCAAACGGUCUCUUUAUGAAGGAAACGUACAGUAUUAAUUUUUGAAGAGUUCCUUUUUUUUUAUUUUGCAGUUUUGCAUUAUAUUCUAAUCCACAAAUGAAUUUUUGACUAAGUUUAAAGUUAUGAGUCACUAUGCUCUACCAAUUUGUGCAGUAAACAAAAAAAAAAAAAGAAUUUCGAUGAUUCUAUAUAACCUCCUGUCACAGAGUGUAUAGGUACCUGGAUUUAUGUACUAAAAUUAAGGGUGGAGUAGAUCUCUUAAAAUCAUGGCCAUAAAUUUUUGUUGUUUUUUCCCUAAGUGAUCAACCUCAAAUCUUUAGAAUUAAAACACACUUAACUCAGGGAAUUUGUACUACUUGGAAACACGUAACUGUAAUGCAACAUGUUUUGGGAAUGUUAUAGUAUGAACUACCUUUAUAACAUAGAAUAAAUACUUCUGCUAGGAUGUAUUUUCAAAUGAGAACAUAACUGUAGCUUAGAAUGACUGAAAUGGUGGUUUCUAUCAUUCAUAAUACAUGUAUGGGUUUUGCAUUUCUCAGUGCAAUCAUUGAUUUAUACGCAGAUUUUAUUUUACUCUAAAGUUUUUUCAAGGGAAGGCAUAACUGUAAAAUGUCAGUGCUAGAAUUAAGUCCUGUAGGUUUAUUUUUAAGUGGAAUGUGGCCAGGGUAGUUCUCAGGUUGUGCUAGAAUAGCACUUUGUUACAUGGAAGACAGGUUUUAUAGGCAACCUUUGUAUCCAGCUAGUCAGUAUAAGCAGACAGAGAUGUUGAUUACUAAACUUCAGUAGCCAUUUUCAAUAGAUUAGCCCCAGAAACUGCCCGGGGACUUUUCACUGUACUGGUAAUGAGUGAAAACGGCAAUAACAAAUCAUUACAGCAAGGGCAAUUUGGGGGUAAAGAGUUUGGAGGGAGUCAACUUAAAAAGUAAAAAAAAAAAAAAAAAAAAAAAAAUCAUGUAAUAACAAACUAUAUACAUUGUGCUCUUAUCUGUGGGAGAACAGAGAUUUGGUGGAGGGAAGCUUUCUGAUUUAAAAAUUAGUAAAGUGUGUCUUUGUUUGUAUUUUUUUUUUAAGAUAGCACUUGAAUAGAAGGGAAAUUGCAUGGCAGGUGUGCGACUGCCACAGUAUGCAUUGAAGACAAACUUAUUAUAGAAGAUGUUAUGGGUAUGCAGCGGGAGUCUCAGUAAUUAAGCCAAAUGGCUUCUGUUAGGAAGGGAAGGGACUCGAAAACUGAUCCAGAUGGCUCCAGUGGGUAAGUGUGGGUGGGUGGCUUCUGCCAGAGUGAAUUCUUAGAGAAUGUCCUUUCCUUAAAACAAAGGUAACUUUUAUAAUUAGAGUAUAUAGGGCAUGUUAUGGAUUUAUUAGUCUGGUAGAUAAAAAUUUAAAAACCACUCAGGUAAGAACACUCACAUGGCAGUUUUCACGCCUGAAAAUUGUUUUCUGAAAGUGUCAUCAUUUUUCCUCUUUAUAGA